AUGGAUCACAACAAAACGAAGAAUGCUUCAGAGGGUAUAGCGCCAAUGGGUAUAACAACACUUAAUGAAACUGUACUCAGCAAUCAGCCAGAAUCCAGAUAUGAAUGUCCUGUGUGCUUGAACUGGCUAAGAGAUCCUGUAAUCACGACUUGUGGCCAUAAGUUCUGCAAGAGUUGUAUAACAUCUUGGCUGAAAAACAGUGGUCACUGCCCCAUAGAUAAUAUUAACCUUAGUAUGAAAGUUGAUAUAUUCCCAGAUAAUUACACCAAGCGAGAGAUUCAAGAGCAACGGAUGUCAUGUCCCUUUGCUGCUAAAGGUUGUGCAGUGAAAGUGACCCCAUUGGACCUGGAUGCACAUAUAUCCACCUGCGAAUACAACCAACCUGAGUCAUCAACACAACCCAAUAUCGAAAUACCCUGCUCCUUUGUAGCAGUUGGUUGCAAGGAGACCUUUGAUAACCAAGAAGAUGCUAAUAGCCAUUUGCACAAUGAUGUGCUUAGUCAUAUGAGUUUGCUCAUGAAUGCAUAUUCUAAGAUUAAAAUCGACAAUGAUAUGUCGAAUAUGGACGCGAAGGCACAAGAAGCUUUACUUUGGGAUGCACCAGAUAAGGAUGGGAACCAAAGCACUACUCCGCCAAUUAACGAUGUCAAUCCUCUAAUCAGAGCUCUUUACGAAAGGGUAGUGGUGCUAGAACAGAGAAAUCGUGAACAAGACAUAGUUAUAGCAAAUAUUUCGAAACAGCUAUCUGCAUUCGCUGUGGCUAAAAUGAAGCAAAACAACGAUAUGCUCCUACGAUACUGUAUGGGGCAUUAUAUUUGGAAAGUGGAUAAUUUUCGAGCCAGACUGGACGCUAUGCUGAAGGACCACAAUAAAAUGCUAUACAGCCCUGGGUUUUAUACAUCGCCAAAUGGAUAUAGAUUCUGCGUCCGACUCAACAUAUCUCCCCAAAAUCCGAAGUACUUUGCGCUCCUAGUUCACUUAAUGAAGACAGAGAACGACGAUUACCUCGACUGGCCGUUCAACGGUCGCAUUUCGUUCGCAAUGAUCAACCAAUACGACCCCGAGUACACUCAGCGGGAUACCAUGAUGUCCGAUUCUACCCUCGUCGCUUUCAGGAAACCGACUACUGAAAUAUGCCUCAGAGGCUUCGGUUACAGCGAAUACGCGGUCGUUGACGAUAUCAUGAGGAACGGAUUCGUUAAGAACGACGUGCUUAUCGUAAAGGUGGAAACACGGUUUCCUUUGAGUUGCGAUCACCGCUGCGCAGAAGCAGGCAAAAGGAUCAAACCCACUAACCUGGUCUUCCAGACGCUCACUUCAGCUCCUCGACCCAGUAGACAGAUGCACGGCACCAAUGUUAAUACGUCAUGGACGUUUAAGAUGGCAGUUCUUUCGCAACUGAUAGGGUUCGCUAAUCGCUUCUCGCGCGCGCCCUGUUAA